GCUCCUUCUCAAACUUGUAGUUUUAUCUUUAUAUUCAAGUACGUUUGAAUGAGAAUAUCCAGGUGUCGGUUUUGUUCUAAGAAAAUAUCAGCAAAAUACAUUCUUCAGAGAGAAAACUUAAUGUAAUGUUUUGAUAGAAUAGUGUACGAACGGGAUAAUUAUUUGUUCUAAAAGAUUAAGCAUUGGUGAAUUUUAUGUUGUUUUGAAAUUGAAUUGAGGGAGGAAAAUCGUUCAUGCAAGUUUUAAGAACGUUUGAUAGCAAAAAGGACAUCUUUACUUCUUUUCCAUAGUUAUACAUGACCAUGCAGUUGUUUGGAAUAGUAAAAGUUCUUCUUUUCAGUGUUCUUGUUAUUCAUUUGACGAGUUCAACAAAGGAAUUUGAUCGUCUAAAGUCAAUGGUCAAACAUUUAGAAAAUAGACUUAAUACCGAAGGUGAGUUCAGAGACGAAGAUAUUGCUGAAAUUACAAAUCGACUGGAUGGCAUCGAUAAAGUGUUAAAUGCUACCGUCGGGAAAAGACAGUCCGUUCCUUUAGUAACCACAAAAGCUAGUAAGAUUGAUUUUGAAACAGUGGAUACAUUGAAAGAGGAUUUCACGAGACUCAGGACUGCCUUCACCGAGGAAAAGUCUGAGGCUGUAAGGUUCCGACGGGAAAUUCCAAAGAUUGAAAAUAAUUUGAUAUCCCUUAACGAAGAUGUUGAAAGUUAUUGCAAAGUCGCUGUAAAUAAUACUGAUCAAUUAUUAACCAACUUUGAGACGGUCAAACAUGUGUCUGAAGACAAUUUAAAAACGUCUGAAAAUGAACGUAAAAUGUUACAAAGUAUAGCUGAACAGGUUCAGCAAAACCAGCAAAACACUAAACAAAUUGAAAACAUUGAAACUCUAAUAACUAAUUUAUAUUCGAAAAUGGAGUAUUUAUUCUAUCCUACAUCCUGUCGUUCGUUAACAGCUAUGGGCAAAGCAGGUAAUGGAGUAAAACAAUUACGACAAGGUUUUGAAGUUUACUGUGACCAAACAACAGACGGCGGGGGCUGGAUAGUAUUUCAAAGAAGACUGAAUGGCAAAACAGAUUUUUAUCGUAACUGGGCUGAAUAUAAAAAAGGCUUUGGUGAUCUAAAUGGUGAGUUCUGGCUUGGUAAUGAACAUUUGAGUCUACUGACAUCAGAUGGAGAACAUGACCUUCGAAUAGAGAUUGAAGAUUUUGAGGGAAACAGUGCCUAUGCUAAGUACAGUAAGUUCAAGAUAUAUCCGGAAGAAAACAAUUACAAACUGGAGGUUAGUGGAUACAGUGGAACUGCUGGAGAUUCUCUAGAAUAUCAUAAUGGAAUGAUGUUCUCAACGUAUGAUAGAGAUCAUGAUACACGCUCGACCAAUUGUGCGGAAAAGCAUCAUGGUGCAUGGUGGUAUAAGGGUUGCUACUUUUCCAAUCUCAAUGGACAGUAUUAUUACCAGUCUGGCAAAUCAGAUACUACUGGAAUUAUCUGGUUUCAUUGGAAGAAUACUCGUUACAGUUUGAAAAAAGUAGAAAUGAAAUUCCGUUAACUUGUUUAACUAGGAUAUUGAUUAUCAUCCUUUAUAAAACUGAUAAAAUAAUAAUUGUUGUUUUGCGUUAUUUAAACUUUACAGAAACUUGGACGACGAUAGCUGAUGAAGGAAUAGACACUGAACAAAAUGUAAAAUGUUUACGAAGUUCUGUACAUAUAUCACUCGGUUAACAUUGACCGUAAUUACAUUGACAGAACAUGGAAUGGAUCAAACUCACAAAAUUGUCCAAAACAGAAUAAAAUGAAUACUUAGGAAAAAUGUUUAGCGGUCACGUAGUACAAUCAAAAGUAAUUGGACAUAGAGUUUAUUAAAUAUUAAAGAAAAAAAAUUCUAUACGUACAGAUCAAUAUGUCGCUAUGAAAAGGCAAUGUUUACCGUUGAUAUCAAUAACCAAAUUAUAUCUGACAAGCAUUUUAUUAUAUUUACCGCCUUAUCAAAUUCAAAAAUGCCCACUUUGAUCCAAUCCCGUUUGUGGUCUUAAUAGAGAGGUUUUAUUAUAUACGACCUUUCAUAAUAACGACUUAUCAUCAAUGAUAAGAACAAAGAAAUUGCAAAUUAUAAAAAAAUCUUUUAACAAUGUUAAAUCACGA